GGUACACAAGAGCUUGUGCAGCGCACACUCUCCCUUGCCACUCAGGACAGUGACAACCCAGAUCUGCGUGACCGUGGGUACAUCUAUUGGCGUCUACUGUCGACUGACCCAGCCGCAGCUAAGGCCGUUGUGUUGGCAGAGAAGCCUCUGAUUACAGAGGAAACGGACCAACUAGACCCAACGCUUCUAGAUGAGUUGAUCUGCAACAUCGGCACUAUGGCGGCG